GAUUGCGGUAAACAUUGAUUACAAAAAUUAUUGAUUUAUUUCAUGAAUUGUUUGAAGACAUAAGUGAUUGUCAUAAAAGACAAGACAAUGGUAUGUCUUAGUGGACGCAUUGCUUUGGCAUCGUUUGUAUCAUCGCUAACAUCUUUGCCAUUAAUUGCUGUCAUUAAACACUUUGUGACAUUUGGUGAUCAUAUAAUAACUGAAUGGUUUGGUGUAAUCUUCGUGAGUCACGCUCUUACCACUCAUGCCAUCCUUGGCUACAGAUAUUAUAGGCGUUCAAAACAACUCUUUGAUGUCUCAAUAAGAGCCGGUCUUUUAGGGGAAGGUUUGGCAUUGGGAUUAUGGAUGGCAUUGUUGGCCACAACCAACUGGUCGUCUAUUUUUGGAUUAUAUUUAUCUGUGUUAUCAUUAUUUCAUUUCAGUGAAUAUAUAAUGACUGCAAUAAUAAAUCCCAAUUCAUUAUCUUUGGAUUCAUUCCUCUUAAAUCACAGCAAAGAGUACGGCAUUGCGGCCGCCGCUUCUGUUACCGAAUUUAUUAUUGAAACUUAUUUUUGGCCGCAAAUAAAAUUGGUGUCAAUAAUAACAAAUUUCGGUGUAUUUUUAUGUCUAUCGGGAGAAUUGAUGCGAAAGUUAGCGAUGAUUACGGCUGGAAGUAAUUUCAAUCAUAUCGUACAAAAUCGUCACAAAUCGGGUCAUGUUUUGGUUACUAACGGCAUAUAUAGCUUAUGCAGACAUCCCUCAUAUGUUGGAUGGUUUUGUUGGUCUAUCGGCACUCAACUGAUAUUAUUGAAUCCCAUUUGUCUGGUUGGGUAUGCAAUGGUCAGCUGGAAGUUCUUCAAAGAGCGUAUAUAUGAAGAAGAAAUUACUUUAAUUCACUUCUUUGGCAGAGAUUAUAUUAAAUACAAACAAAAAGUAUUUUCUGGACUUCCCUUUAUAUAUGGCUGUCAACUAAAAGAUUGA